AUGUCCGGCGAGCCGGAGGCCACCAAGCACCGCGGCGCCCUAAAGAAGGCAAAGCAACGGUCGCGGUCGACGCCGCGCCACGACGACCUCGAGAAGCCGAAGAAGAAGAGGAACGCGAGCGCCGCGACGUCCUUCUCCUCCAUACCGAAUACCAUCAAGUUGUCCAUGCUCAACAGCGGCCUGCUGCCCACCAGCAGGUUCAGUUCGCCCGAAGAAAAUGGCGGCGGCGUCGUCGCCACCAUAACGGACAAUCCCAUUGACAUGAAGGAUUUCAUGAAAAUAUGCGAACAAAGGAGGAAAUUUCCCGUGCUCUAUAAGCUGGAAUUCGAGAUUGCCAUCAAGGUAGAAACUCAUUCCUGUCGACAUGGUACGAAGAAAAGUAAUUUAGAGAAAAAUCAAAACCAAAGAUGCAUUCCUUAUGACUACAAUAGGGUGGUGUUAGAAACGAUCGAAGGAGAACACGAUAGCGACUACAUUAAUGCCUCCUACGUUGAUAGCCUUUUGAAGCCCAACGCCUACAUAGUAACUCAAGGCCCUACCGAAGAAACCGUGACGGAUUUCUGGCGAAUGGUGUGGCUGGAGAAGGCCAGUUGCAUUGUGAUGUUGACAAAAACUUUCGAUUUUAUCAGGGUGAUGUGCGUGCAAUAUUGGCCGGCGUCUAAAGAUUUAGAAGAAACCUACGGGGGCAUCCACAUUCGGAUCCUCGAAGAGGAGGAACUGGCCAAUUUCCACAUUAGAACCUUUAAGUUGUUCAAAAAAGAUGAAAACGGCAGCGUCACCGAAGAACGUACCAUAUUGCAAUUCCAUUACACCCAAUGGCACAGUCAUUCCUGUCCGUUUACAAACGCUCUGUUGGAGUUCAGGAGGCGAGUCAGGGCUGUCGUAGGUCAUGUUAUUAAAUCCAACGAGGCCGGGCCGAUGGUGGUGCAUUGCAACGAUGGCGGAGGUAGAUCGGGCGUUUAUUUAUCAGUUGAUGCAAACAUGGAAUUGGCAGAAGAAGAGGACAAAUUCGACGUUUUUGGUUAUUUGAAGAAAUUGCGACAAUCGAGAAAAGGACUCGUCGACAAUGUGGAGCAAUACAAAUUCGUGUACGAUACGCUGGAGGAGAACGUGACCUGCGGCAAUUCCUGGUUUCCCGUCAACGAGCUGUCCCAAAGGCUGAAGGCGAAAUCGCAGAAGAAUCCGCUGACGAAGCUGAACGAAUACCAAAAGGAAUACAUGCUGAUUUGCAAACAAACGCCUCGGUUUACGAUCGGCGAUUGCGCCGGAGGCCAUCGCGGCGAUAACAGGAAGAAAAAUCGUGAUGUGCUCAUUGUUCCUCCUGACAAUUUUCGACCGUAUCUUACAUCAUUCCAAGGCAAUAAUUAUACGGAUUAUAUUAACGCAGUAUUUGUUGAUGGGUACACAAAACCCAAGGAGUACAUAGUGACAGAGUGGCCCAUAAAAUCGACUUGCGGGGAGUUUUGGUCGUUAGUAUACGAUUACGAUUGUUCUGCUGUAGUUAUUUUGUGCGUACCACCGCACAAUUCGCAACAAUUCCCGCCCUUUUGGCCCGAAGGAAGGGCCUCCAAGAAGUACGGCCCCGUCUUCACCAUCGAUCACAUAUCGCACAGCCAUUACACCAACAUCAGAACGUGGGUGUUCAGGAUUAAUAAGAAGAUCGUAUCGUUGACUGAAUUGAUGGCGGGCGUGAAGGCUCCACCGAAGACGGUGCAACUGUUCCAGUUGACGUGUUGGCCCAUGGGACACAAAGUGCCUACGUCCACUAAUUCCUUGGUGGAAUUGAUGAACAUGGUGGAAAGAUGGAGGCAAAGGACCGAUUAUGGUCCGGUGUGCGUCGUUUCCCCAGACGGUCGAAGCAGAUGUGGAAUAUACUGCGCUGCGAACGCCUGCAUUGAACAGGUCAUACAACACGGGGAAGUGGACGUUUUCCAAGCCGUGAGGACCGUUCGAAGGCACAGGCCUCAAUUAAUCGAGAAUAUUACGGAGUAUAAAUAUUGUUACGACGUGGUUCUUCACUACGUUCUGCAUUAUCUUCAAAAAGACCGGGAGGAGAUCAAAGGCAAAUGA